GAACGAGCUGAGAAAGAUGAAGAUUAAUACUACUACUAGUAGGUUUCACUCUUCGUUUUUCCUCAGAGGUGGAAGGUCCCUUCUUCCUUCUUCGCCCUUCUCUGCAACUAAACCUCCUUUCUCACCCUCUUGUCAUACUCAUCUACCACUACUAACACCACCACCGACCACGCUUCAAAACCCUAACUUUUCAUCUUCCGCUUGCCAUCUUUGUCAUCGGGUUUUUAAUGGUGUUCCUUGUAAACUCGCUUACCCUUAUUCUAUAACUUCUUGGUACUUUAACACAAGUUCCUCCGAAGGUAUCAGCCAUGAAAACCAACUUCAGGAUGAAACAGAUGAAGAGGUGGAACCGAUUGAUUCAUGGGAGGAAGAGGAUGAAGCAGACCCAGAGAUUGGCGAUGGAGGGGAUGGGGGCGGAGUUGUUCUUCAGAAUUGCUCAUGGGGUGAACAGGCACUGCACAUAGCCCGUGAAGUCCUACUGCAAUUUGGAGAUGACAUGAAGCUCUAUGCUUUCAAAACGUCACCUCGAGGGUACAUUUAUGUGAGACUAGACAAGCUCUCAAAUGAAUAUGGGUGUCCCAGCAUGGACGAGAUAGAAACUUACAGUCAGCAAUACAAGAAAAGAUUAGACAAAGUAGGAGCAAUGGGAGAAAUACCUGAUGAUCUGGCUCUUGAAGUAUCCUCUCCUGGUGCUGAGCGACUAAUUAAAGUUCCAGAUGACUUGGACCGAUUCAAAGACAUGCCUAUGAGAGUAAACUACAUGGAAGAUGUAGAUGCUGGACGCCCAGAAAAGAAUGGAGUAUUCUUCCUGGAGUCCGUUGAGACAGAAUCCGGGAGCUGUGUCUGGAAGUUGGCAGAUGUUAAGGAAAAUAGAGAGCCUUCAGCAAAAGGAAGACCAUUAAGCCGAAAACAGAAGGAUUGGAGAUUAAAACUUCCAUAUGAAAUGUUUAGUAGGGUAACUCUGUACCUUGAUUACUAGUUAAUCAACACUUUUUGUAUGACAAUAAUCAGUAAUUUGAGCCGUCAGAGGAUGUUUUUUACAUUCCAACUGGAUAGGGCAAAAAGUUUAGCCGGAAAUGAAGGCUUGACUGGCAUUAUGGCUGGUUCUCGAGAGUCUACUUUUACUUGGUACUUGAUUUCUUAUGAAGUAGAUGUAAAUCACAAUCUUGUCAAUCACGAAUUUUCUGUGGAAAUUGGUUUUUUUGUAAAGGUCAC